GUUUAGUUGAACACCCAGUUAGGCAGUUACAGAACUUGUUAUUCCGUAUUUGUCAAUUCCCAGUGAUAUUUCUUGGGCAAAUUGUCAGUGUUAUACGGGAUUUCGCUCUUUGUUCUCUUUUAUUGGUUCAUAGAUCGAAAUCAACGCUGAUCUAUCCGAGGUUCUUCUGUGUUUAGCAAAAGGAAAAAAGGCAUUCGGUUUUUCUGCAUCACUGCCUGGUUGUUGUUUCAUUAUUCAAAAUUUGGACGGUUUUUGCGUUCAAGUUCUGGGGAUUUGUGACGCUGUUGGGGCGCCGAGCUUGAUGCUGAAUUGGAUCGAUGCUGAGUAGAUUGAUGCUCGGCUUUGGAGUUUUGUUGCUCACUUGUUGGACUUAUGGCUAUGGUGCUUCAAUGAGAAAUCUAGGUCUUUUGGUGUAAAGAGUUUCAUAGUACAUUUUGUGGUAUCGGAUAGUCCCAAGAUGAUACUUAAGCGGAAUAUGAAAAUUGAAAUUCCGAACCUGAAGCGAUGCCGAUUAGAGGAGCUUGAUCCUGAAGACAGUAUGUGUGCGGCGAAUCCCAAGAAACGGAGGGCAAGUUGGUUCUUAUCUCCUGGUAUGCCCGCUGAGGAUGAAUAUUUGGGCAGGGGUUCUGGAUUUCUGUGCAGUAAAGAAUCGCAUUGCGGUGGUGACUUACGGUCGAACCCAGAUUCCACAAAGUCAAAUGCUAAAACAGUACUAAAACCGGGCUCAAAAGUGGUUCGGCCUCCAUUAUUGCGGUCGUCGCGAGGUCGCCAACAGAUACUUCCGUCGAGGUUCAGGGAUUCGGUUCUUGAUUCUUGGAAGAAUAAAAGAAUCCAAGGGGAGAACACAUAUUCCAGCUUUGAAGAAGAUAAGUUUUUAGGGGAAGAUGAGUCGAAGCUCACUGGAAUGGAAUUUGCAAGACAGGGAGAUAAUGUUGACUCUAAUCUGAAAAAUUCAAUUUAUUAUUCCCAUACUGAAAUGGAGAAGGAAAAAGUCUUGGGUGCCUUAGACUCGAGUGAUUUCGACGCCGCGGACACGGAGCAUAUGAAGUCCUUUAGUACCGUGAGAACAACAGUUAAAGAGAGUUGUUCAUCGUUAGUUGAAUCUCAGAAUUAUGCGUCGAGACUUAAUUCUGAAUGCGUUAACCCGAAGACUAAUGGGAAAGCUGAAAAGAGGGUAGACAUUUACAAACUAGAGGAUUUUGCUUGGGGUGACAUAGUUUGGGCAAAAUGCGGGAAGAGGUAUCCGGCUUGGCCUGCGGUAGUGAUUGAUCCCAUCUUGCAAGCUCCCAAAUCAGUCCUCAACUGUUGUGUUCCAGGUGCAAUUUGCGUGAUGUUUUUUGGGUACUCAAAAAAAGGAAAGCAAAGGGACUAUGCAUGGGUGAGGCAGGGUAUGGUAUUCCCCUUCAUGGAAUUCAUGGAGAGAUUUCAGAGGCAGACUCGGCUGUACAGGAGCAAACCAAGUGACUUUCGAAUGGCGUUAGAGGAGGCUUUGUUGGCAGAAGAUGGUAUUCUGGACUCACAUUUGGGAGCAGAGAUUACUACUAAAAGUAACGUUGAAGCUCAUCCCAGUGCAGAUAUUGAGGUUACGGGUCCAUAUCAUGAUCAGGAGGACUACUGCCAGGACCAGGAUGCAAGACUUUGUGCUGGCUGUGGUUUGAUGUUACCGUGCAAAACCAUGAAGAAGUUUAAGGAUUCUAGCGCUCAACUCUAUUGUAGACAUUGCUUGAAGUUGCAAAAGUCAAAACAAUAUUGUGGCAUUUGCAAAAAGAUUUGGCACCAUUCAGAUGGUGGGAAUUGGGUAUGUUGUGAUGGUUGCAAUGUUUGGGUGCAUGCAGAAUGUGAUAAUAUCUCCGGGAAGCUUUUAAAGGAUCUGGAACUUGUGGAUUACUAUUGCCCAGAUUGUAAAACAAAAGUCAACUGUAAAUCAGCAGAAUCACGUCCAUCCAAUUCAAAAAUCAAUUCAAUUAAAAAAAACGAAGAACAUAUGAUACCUGAGGAGGUAACGGUGGUGUGCAAUGGCAUGGAAGGAACUUACAUUUCAAGUCUUCAUUUAGUUAUGUGCAAGUGUGGUUCCUGUGUGCCAAGGAAGCAGACACUAAGUGAAUGGGAGCGGCAUACGGGUUGCAAAGCCAAAAAAUGGAAAUUCAGCGUGAAAGUAAAAAGCACAAUGCUACCCCUAGAAAAAUGGAUUACUGAGAACAAUUCUCAAGCUGGAGUUUCCCUACAGUUGGAUCAGCAGCAGGUACUUGCCUUUUUGCAAGAGAAGUAUGAGCCAGUUUAUGCAAAAUGGACUACAGAAAGGUGUGCCAUUUGCAGAUGGGUUGAGGACUGGGAUGAUAACAAGAUUAUUAUAUGUAACAGAUGCCAAAUUGCAGUCCACCAAGAAUGCUAUGGGGUGAAGAACGUUAAAGAUUUUACUUCUUGGGUCUGUAGAGUAUGUGAAACUCCUGACGUUGAGAGAGAGUGUUGCCUCUGUCCAGUAAAAGGUGGUGCUCUGAAGCCGACUGAUGUUGACAUGCUGUGGGUUCAUGUGACGUGCGCUUGGUUCCGGCCUGAAGUUAUUUUCCAAAAUCACGAGAUGAUGGAACCUGCUAUUGGAAUCCUUAAAAUUCCUCCAUAUGCGUUUUCAAAGGUUUGCGUUAUUUGUAAACAAAGCCACGGAUCGUGCUUAAGUUGUUGCAAAUGUGCUACUUAUUUUCAUGUGAUGUGUGCAUCAAAAGCUGGAUAUAGCAUGGAAUUGCAUUCCACGGAGAAGAAUGGGAGUCAGAAAACAACAAAGCUAAUAUAUUGUGCAGUUCAUAGGGCCCCAAAACCAGAUUCAGUACUGGUUGUGCACACACCCCUAGGGGUUUUCUCUCCCGGAACUGAACUUCAAAAUCGUAAGGGAUGCUUCAGGGGAUCGAGGCUAGUCUCAACAAAGGACGUAGAACUUUCUGAAGAGUCCUCAAACUCUGAGAUUAACAAGUUUGAGCCAUCCUCUGCUGCCAGAUGUCGUGUUUACAGAAGGCCUCUUAAGAAGAAAGUUGAUAUGCCAGUAAUUCACUUACUGGGUGGACCAAGACAUCAUUCUUUAAGUGCAAUAACUCAAUUGAACAGUUAUAAGGAUGUUGAGCAUUCUGAAGUAUUUAUUUCACUCAAGGAGCGCCUUUGUCAUUUGCAGAAAACUGUAAAGCAUCAAGUUUGCUUUGGAAAAUCUGGUAUACAUGGAUGGGGCCUCUUUGCUCAUCGAGAUAUAGAAGAAGGAGAGAUGGUUGCUGAAUAUUGUGGCGAACAGGUAAGACGGAGCAUUGCUGAUUUAAGGGAAGCUAAGUACCGGUCAGAAGGCAAAGACUGUUACCUGUUCAAGAUCAGCGAGGAAGUGGUAAUUGAUGCAACAGACAAGGGCAACAUAACACGCUUAAUAAACCAUUCUUGCAUGCCGAACUGCUAUGCGAGGAUUAUAAGUUUGGAUGAUGAGGAGAGCCGAAUUGUACUUAUCGCCAAGACCAAUAUAUGUGCUGGUGAAGAACUAACGUAUGACUACUUGUUCGAUCCGGAUGAGCUUGAUGAACUGAAAGUUCCCUGUCAUUGCAAUGCCCCAAAUUGUAGGAAGUUUAUGAAUUAGGGUUACAAUUUUUUCCCCCCCAUUAUGAGAGGUGCACAUUGCAAUUUGCAUCUGCCCAACGAUAAACAUCUUCCCGAUUUUUUAAAUAAUUUUUUAUUUUUUUUGGCGUACAAUUUUUAAAAUUCUAAUUUGUAUACAAGUUCAAUGUAAUUUGUAUAUUAUACGAUUAUAAAUUAUAAUAAGAAAGCUCCCACCAA